AUGCUCGUUGAGUGUACCAAGGACUCGAAAGAUUGGCUUUGUUCGGUUGAAAAGAAUGAUCCAAGAGCUGCACGUAUGUGGCUCAUCUAUGGGGUUUUCACAAAGUUGUUCCUUACCACAAUCACCUUCGGCUGCAAGGUUCCUUCCGGAAUAAUCAUUCCAGCUUUAGAUGCUGGUGCUUUGUUCGGGAGGCUCGUUGGGCUUUCGGUCGUGGAUGCUUCUCCUGGCAUCUUUGCGAUGGUUGGAGCGGCGGCAGCGCUAGCUGGAGUAACACGAAUGACGCUAUCUCUAUGCGUUAUCAUGUUUGAGUUGACGGGAGAGCUGGAGUUCGUUUUGCCGCAUAUGAUCGCUAUUCUUGUUGCCAAAUGGACAGCAGAUUCUCUAGAAAAGGAGGGGAUAUAUGACCUCGCGCAGAUGAUCCUGGGGCAUCCGUUUCUUGACGCCGAAGCUGCUAUCUCUGCAGCUAGAAAGGAGGACGCCUUGGUGAGAAAGCUGAUACCGCCAAAGCAAACGAUGGAAGAGAUAACUGUGCACCUGGGCAGUGACGGAUGCGUAUCGAGAGAUUUGUUGGAAGGAAAAUUAGCUCUUCUUCGCAGGAGAGGUUUGAUGGAUGCUGGUUUGGUUCUAGUGGAAGAUAGAAUGCUGAGAGGCUAUAUCAGUGAGGGUGAGCUCGAGUUUGGUCUUGGGAAAGAGCUGGACUGUAAUAGCGUGCGCUUAAUUUGCGAUGGCGAGGGCGUGACGCAAGAGGAUACGCUGGACCUAUCGAUUUGA